CUUUAAGUCCUCACUGUAAACAAAAUAAAUAACGAGUAAAUAAACAAGCAUGCUGAUAUCUCACAAGAAUUUGAGUAUCAGUGAAUCUUAAGAGAAGAUAAGAUUAUGAUAAUGGGAUGAACAGUAGCCUAUGUUUUGCUGUACGAAAUCUAAGAAGCAUUUUUCAAAGGCGUUCUUCAAUGGAUUCUAAGCUCUUAAUCGAGACCCCUCUCAACUAUUUGAAUGGUCGACGAAUCUCACCUCGUGCUGUCAUCCGUAGCAUUCCAAAAAUUAAUCCGGCAUCUGGUAGUCUGAUGUUUGAUAUAUUGUGUACUGGUGAAGAAGAUGUAAAUAAUGCAGUAAAAAGUGCAAAAAGUGCUUUCAGCAAAUGGUCUAAAACUUCUCCUCGAGAAAGAGGCCUUGUUUUAUCUGCUGCUGCUAGAAAAAUAAGAGAAAAAUUAGAUGAAAUUGCAAAAUAUGAAGUUGAAGAUACAGGAAAACCACUAUGGGAAGCAAAGAUUGAUAUAUCUGGAUGUGCUGAUACACUGGAUUAUUUUGGUGGAAUAGCUUCUACUAUUAGUGGUUCACAUCACCAGUUGAACAAUAACAGUUUUGCAGUGGUGCAAAGAGAGCCACUGGGAGUUGUGGCAGGAAUUGGUGCAUGGAAUUAUCCAUUCCAAGUUAUGACAUGGAAAGCAGCUCCUGCUUUAGCUUGUGGAAAUACAUUUGUAUACAAGCCAUCUGAGUUAACACCAAUCACGUCUGUCAUUUUAGCUGAAAUUUUAACGGAAGUUGGCUUGCCAGUUGGAGCCAUUAGUAUCCUGCAGGGUGGUUAUGAAACUGGUGAGUUAGUCUGUAAUCAUCCCGAUAUUGCUAAAUUGACAUUUACUGGAAGUGUUGUGACUGGUCAAAAAAUAGUGAAGUCAUGUGCAGAAACCAUGAAGAGAGUGACAAUGGAGCUUGGAGGAAAAUCGGCUCUUUUAGUCUUCCCUGAUUGUAACAUUAAAAAUGCUGUGAAAUCGACUUUGUUGGGAAAUUUUUUUACCCAAGGUGAGGUUUGUUCAAACUGCACAAGGGUUUUUGUUCAUAAAUCAAUUCUGGAUGAAUUCACUAAAGAAUUAGUGUCUGCCACUCAAGAACUGAAAGUUGGAAAUCCUUAUGAUAAAAGCACAAAAGUUGGAGCUGUUAUCAACGAAAAUCAUGGAAUUAAAAUAUUAAACUACAUUCAGUCAGCUAAGAAUGAGGGAGCGAUAGUAGCUUGUGGUGGAGAAAGAAUCACGCCAAAAGAAGCACACCUGAAAGGAUUUUACAUUUCACCAUGUGUCCUCACUGGUUGUAAGGACGAAAUGACUGCAGUGAAGGAGGAAAUAUUUGGACCUGUGGUCUCCGUACUAUCUUUUGAAAGUGAAGAAGAAGCAGUUAGAAGAGCAAAUGCCUCUCCAUAUGGCUUAGCUGCUGGUGUCAUGACUAAGGACAUUCAGAGAGCACACCGAGUUGCUUCUGAUUUGCAAGCUGGCAUUGUGUGGAUCAAUAACUAUAAUUUAUUUCCCCCUGAAGUUCCAUUUGGAGGAUACAAAAUGUCUGGAUACGGAAGAGAAAAUGGACUGGCUUCUAUCAAUGAGUUUACACAACUGAAAACUGUAUACGUUGAAAUGAAUGAAGAUAUUGACUGUCCACUCCUAUGAGUCAAAGUGUAAUAUAAUAUAAGACAAAAAUUGUUUGAAUUCACUGAAUAAGAAAUACUUAAUAUUUUUGCACCAUGCCUUAACGCUGGUAAACUGUGAAUUAUCUUUGAUAUGAGUCUCUCAGUAUAUGGGAAUUUUUUCAGGUUUAUGAGUUUGUUUUCAGAUUAUUUGUGCUAUUUCGUGAUUCUUCUUUCUUUUUUUUUUUUUGGUAGUAGUACAAUAACGACCGUAAGAGUAAAGAUUUUGCACCCUUUAAAAUUUAAGAUGUUCAUUCUUUGUUCUAAAUUAUUAAAUUUUUUAAUAAAUAUAAUUUUUUCACCAUAUUGAUCCUAUUAACUUUAUUAAAUUGCCAGAUUGCAUUUAUUUAGUGCCAUAAACAAAGUUUGAAGGUUAUGUAAUUAAAUGAGAUACGUAAAUUUUAUUUCUUUCUCUAAAUUUUUAAUUUUGUGUUUAUUACUUCUAUUGUUUUACAUAACUUACCUUUUAAUUAUUUCUAAUUAUAUAUGCCUGUAGUCAUAUUAUUUUUAGUUCAUAUUAUAUUUAAUAUUGAUAAUUGUGGUGCUUUUUUUCUUUUUCGUAUUCUUAAUUUUGACUCUUAUUUUUUUCUCAUUGUAUAUCAACCCUGUAUUUAUUAUUUUAAUUAUUAUGCAUAAUAACGUUGAUAUUCGAUAAUCUUCGUCCUGAUGGAUAUAAAUCUUAUAAUUAUUCCUGUCUGAUUUCAGAUAAUAUGAUCUGUAACAAUCAAUAAGUUUUUUUCUCUCUAAGAAUACUUCUUUCAGGAAUAAAGCUAAAAUAAUUAGGUUUCUUUUUACCAAAAUAUUUAAAGUGAUAAUAAUGCACUCAAUAAAAGAUAACAAAAAGAAAUUAAAGAUCACUUUGAAAAAUAACUAUUUACUAUUCAAUUAAUUAAGAAAUCAAUACACUUUUUUGUGAUAGAUGAAUGAAAAUAAUGCAUAUGUUUUUAUAUGUCUUUCUUAAUAAAAAUUUUAACUGAAAACAAAUGUAUCUAAGGACAGAAUGUUUUUAACUUAAUAUCAGAACAUUCUAUGUUAUAUCCCCCUAAGAUGUUUAGUUGUGUUUUAUUUCUGAAACAAUAUUAUAAAAAAAUAAUAUUCAAAUAUAACUUUUUAGCUUUAGGGAUUUUUCCACAGUAUUUAGAGUAUGUGUUUAUGCAUUUACCUUUUUGUAUGUUAAAAUAUUUAGUAUUUUUUUAGGAUAAACUUAUACUAUUCAAAUUCUGAAAACAUUUUAUACAUAUUUACUUUUUCUUAUUCGUUAUUGGAUCGAUUAAUAAAUGCAUAUGACUUUUAAAUUCUGAAAUGUUGUUAUUGAUUAAUUUUAUAGUACACAAAAGUUGGAAUUCUUGAAAACUCAUUGAAAUUCCUUUUGUUGCAUUUGUAAAUGUUGUUUGAUUCGUAAAUGUUGUUGAUGAUACCUUCCCAGAAAUGUUUAAAAUUAAAAAUUAUGAGUCUUA